CCGAUAUUUCGCGCGAAAUUGUUAGUAGUUCCCGCCACAAGGUGCUUACGAAGGCGUUUGUUUAUUUUUUGCAAGAAAAUCAAAAGACUGAAGAAGAGUUCAAAGGGACAAUGUGGAUUCAAGUUAGAAGCUUUGAUGGGAAAAAGUCGUUACGUGUAGAUAAUUUGUCAAAGUUGACAAAGAUUGAAGAAUUAAGAUCACGUUUAGUUGAGGAAUUUGAGGCUCCUGUUGAGAAACAACGUUUGUUUUAUAGAGGAAAACAGCUGGAAGAUGGACACUCCCUCUUUGACUACAGUGUAGGACUGAAUGACCUUGUCCAGUUGAUGGUUAGGGCUGCACCUCUUGGUGAAAACAAAGUUCAACAGAAUCAGAUAGAGGAGGAAGAGAAGAAGCCGACAGAUGGAUAUAACAGCAGUGGGGAGGAGAGCACCUGUUCUGAUAAGGAAAACAAGGACAAAGAAAACAAACUGCCUUCAACUCCAGUGAAGGGGACAAUCAACAAAGCAGAAACUUCAACAAAAGAGGAAUAUGCUAACAGCACCUACAAGCUCGGUGAUAUCAUAGAUGCUAGAGAUACUUCAGUUGGAGCCUGGUUUGAGGCUAAGCUUGUAAACAUAAACAAGGAUGAAAAGUUUGAUCCACCCAAGAAAGAUUCGGAGGAGCAUAUGGACGUGGAUUCGAAAGACAGUAGUCCUGUGGAACAUGAUGGUUAUAUCUAUAGUGUUGUUUUUGAUGGUUAUGAUGAUACAGAACCAGAAAAGCUGGAGUGUAAGGAUAUACGCCCAAGAGCCAGAAAGGUUAUAAAGUUAUCAGACAUUAAGGAGGGACAAAAAGUGAUGGCCAAUUACAAUGUGGAUGACCCAGAUUUACGGGGGUUCUGGUACGACUGCAUCAUCACAGGGAAAAGGGACACAAGAACAAUUAAAGAACUAACAGCUACUGUCUUCAUUGGACCAGAUCUGAUGCCUCUGGAUGAAUGUAAGCUGCUAUUCACCAAUGAAGUAUUUGACAUAGAGAAACCUGGAACACAGAUUAACGAGUUUGAUGAAACAUUUGAUCCAUCAGCUUCACCUGUAAAAAGAACUAACAAGCCUGACUGUGAUUUCUGUAAAGAUAACCCAAAAAGGAAAUGUAAACAUUGUGCUUGCUCUGUCUGUGGAGGGAAGCAUGACCCAGAUAAACAGAUUCUGUGUGAUGAGUGUGACCAGGCCUACCACCUCCAAUGUCUGGAUCCACCCCUGGAUAAACUACCAGAGGAAGACGAAUGGUAUUGUCCAAGUUGUAAAAAUGAUGAAAAUGAAAUUGUGAAAGCUGGAGAAAAAUUAAAGGAAAGCAAGAAAAAAUCCAAAAUGGCCUCCUCUACCAAUCAGACAAGCAGAGACUGGGGAAGGGGAAUGGCAUGUGUUGGUAGACAAAAAGUGUGCAAUGUGGUCCCUCCAAAUCAUUUUGGUCCCAUUCCUGGUGUGGAAGUAGGAACAAUGUGGAAAUUCAGGGUUCAGGUAAGUGAGGCAGGUGUUCACAGACCCCAUGUGGCUGGAAUCCAUGGCCGUGAUGGAGAGGGGGCCUACUCCAUCGUGCUCUCAGGAGGCUUUGACAAUGGUGAUGAAUUCUAUUACACAGGAAGUGGACCAGAUGUGGCUGGCAUCCAUGGCCUAUCUCCACAAUUUUGGAAAUUCUUCCACAUUUCCAGGGCUUUGGCCAAGAUUUGUAAUGCACCUAUCAAUGAGAAAGGAGCAGAGGCGAAAGACUGGAAAGGAGGGAAGCCACUGAGGGUAGUACGUAAUUGUAAGGGGAGGAAGCACUCAGACUAUGCCCCAGAAGAAGGCAACAGAUAUGAUGGUAUUUACAAGGUAGUGAAGUACUGGCCAGAGAAAGGAAAGUCGGGGUUUCUGGUGUGGAGGUAUCUGAUGAGACGGGAUGACCCAACCCCCGCUCCCUGGACUAAAGCUGGAGCCAAGCGGAUCAAGGAGUUAGGGCUAGAAAUGCAGUAUCCAGAUGGAUACCUUGAAUCUCAAGCAAAGAAGGAGGAGGAAAAUAAAGAAAAGGAAAAACCUGCAAAGAAAGGAAAGAGGAAAAGGAAAGACUCAGACUCUUCUCCUAGUGGAUCCCCAGAGAAGAAGCAGAAGGUGGCAGCCUAUAAGAUUGAUGCCGAGCAGAAGAAGAGGAUAUCCCAGGACGACGUCAACAGGAAGCUGUGGGAUGAGGCUGUGGAGCACACGUCAGAAGGCGGACAGAAAUUCCUGCAGAAAGUUGAAGAGCUGUUUACAUGUAUUUGUUGUCAAGAGAUUGUUUUCAAACCAGUUACAACAGAAUGCGGUCAUAAUGUUUGCAAGUCUUGCAUAAUGAGGUCAUUCAAGGCAGAUGUAUACUGUUGUCCAUUGUGCCGCACUGAUCUAGGAAAAGAAUUCAAAAUGCCGGUUAACAGCACACUACAGGACAUCCUGAAAAAAUUCUUCCCUGGAUAUGAGAGUGGUAGAACAUAAAUUACUUAUCUCUGAUAGUAGAU